AUGGCACAAAUAGCAGACGCACAAACCGGAGGUGACAUUAUGAACAUGUACACUUUCUGGAACGAAACAACCGCGCACAAUGAGACUCACAUGGACACUGUGUUUUUAAUAUUCAACUGCACAGUCUUGACUUUAUCAUUAGUUUUGGGUUUACCCGGAAACUUGUGGGUUUGUUGGGUCGUUUUCAGGACCAAGAGCUUGCAGACUUUUAAUAACGCGCUGCUGGUCAGCUUGGCCACCAGUGACCUCCUGAAGUGCUCUGUGGACAUACCGCUGCUGCUCUUCUCUUUCCUGCGUUACGGGAAGGACAGCCAGGUGUCGGUGUCCGUGUGCACCCUGCAGCAGUUCACCUAUGCUCUGUGCAGCUGUGUCCAGCUGCUCACUCUGGUCAGCAUUAGCGUGGAGCGGUUCCAAGCUAUCGCGUUUCCUUUCCAAACCGAGAGGAGGAAAGCCAGGGUCCGUCUCUGGAUCCUGUCCAUCUGGGCAUGCGGCCUCAUUUUGGCUGUAAUCUCUCUGACUCUUUCCAGAAAGGCGCUUUUUUACAUGCUCUGCCGUCCGCACCUCGGGGGGCAUGGCGACGAGCGUCUGCAAUAUUCGGAUCCAUUCGGACCCUACGUGCUGGUCCCGGUCUGGGGUUUGUCUCUGACUGUGAUCGUCAUCCAUUACGUGCGCAUUUUCAAAGUUGUAAGACAGCACCGGAAGAAAGUGUUCAGCCGGGGAGUCCGGCUGAGGCCGACCGUGACGGAACAUGUGUACGGCUGGCUGAGUGUGCCUGCUUCAGCACCACGGACAGCUCCGCCCGGCUCCUUCAUCCCGCUGCCUCCCCGCCGGACGGUGCUCCUUGUGGCCGAGGCCAGUGCCCCCUUUGCGGGCUCCUCCAGAGGGGGCGCCCCGGGGAGACCUCCGGAGAUUGUGGGGGCAGUGUGUCUGCUGACACCUGGGGCCAGGGAGCGGGGCAAGAAACGGAUGGAGGGCAGGCUGGCCCAGCGUUUUGGGUACAUAAUCAUUGCGUUCACACUCUCCUGGGUGCCCAUGGUGGUUAUUUUGCUGAUAAACGUCAUCUCGUGGCAAGACACGGACAAACUGCUGAUGGAGCUGGAGACAUCAGCUAUGGUGCUGACCUGCGUGCAGGCUGCAGUGGAUCCCCUCAUCUUUACUUUAGUUACCAGACAGUUCCGCUCUGAGCUAAGCAAGGUCCUCUCCUCCAUCCCAUGGUGUCCCCUAAAACGGAGGGUCUGAAGGUUAAGUACUUUAUAA